ACAAGUACGACGAGAAUGACGGAAGUAAAUCAAUGAUCAUAUGUGCAGGAAAACAGUUCUUUUAUACCGUUGUUUUAGCUAUAAAAAAAUCCAGUGUUAAUCCCAAGCAGUAAAUAAUGGAUUUGCCCUUUGAAGUGUUAGUCUACAUUUUUAAAUACUUACCAAAAUCUGAUAGAAAGGCCGCCAGUGAAACAUGCCGAGCGUGGUAUCACGCUGCAAAUGCCCACUGUUUUCUAAAAAACAAAUUGGUUAUUUUAUACAAAUCUGCGUUCAGUGAAGAUAAAUCUUUAUUGCAAAUUUAUGAAGAUUCUUCUACAAUAUAUCAUAAUUAUUUAUUCAAUGAAGUUGAAAUAUCAAAUAAACUACUGGGAUUCUGGGACAGAAUGGGAGAUUGUAUUUUAAGCCUCACUCUAAGAAACUGUGAUAUUUGUGAAAAAGUGUUUGUCCACAUUUUGCAGAAAUGUACAAAUCUUGAAUCAUUGACCAUCCAAAGUUGUAGAGAGCUAUUUAUGUCUGGGAGACUGUUAGAAGGAAAGACUGAAGGACUCUUGGCAGAGAAUUUAGAAAAUCUUAAAGUUCUCAGCUUGUGUGGUAAUCAGUACCUUACUGAUGCUCUGUUUAACAGAUUUGUUAUGGCAGCACCAGGGCUAGAAGAGCUCAAUCUAUCAGCAUGCUCUCUUCAGUUCCACUUGGGCUUGGUCAAAAAAUUUUACUCAGCUGGGAUAGAUAUAACCCUAAAUCCAUCUGAAAGUGUUCUGACCUUUUACUUUGUACAUCAAUUUAUUACCUCUAGAGCAAGAAAUAUAAAAAAACUUCUAUUUUCCAAUACUCUUAUUGAUGGAGCAGCUCUUAAAUCUCUUUCAGAGACCCCUGAUCUUAAGCUACAAUCACUUGAAGUGCGAUCAUGUGAUCAGCUCACAAACACUGGAAUCCUAGCCCUAACAUCUCAUCAAACUUCCUUAAGAGAGCUGGAUGUAAGCUUAUGUAGCAGAGUUACAGAUCAAUCACUGGUUCAUAUCUGUAAGAAUCUAGUCAACUUGGAAUACCUUAAUGUGCAGAGGUGUCGAGCAAUCACAGACCUAGGAGUGAUGGAACUGCACCGGUUAAAGAAACUUAAGUCAUUAAAUGUGUCUGAAUGUGAAUUGAUCACCAAAGAUGGAUUGAGCAAAGGUAUUUGUCCUGAAGAAAAUACUUUGUUAGAAGAUUUGGAUAUACAUUCAUUGAAUUUAGAUCAGACUGGCCUGAUUAUGAUUUUGGAAAAAUUACCUAAUCUUCGUUCAUUGGAUAUAAGUUACUGUUUCAAUGCAGUUACUGAUACAUCAGUUCAGGUGAUAUUUAAAAAUCAGAUAUUGUUGCAAAGUUUAAAAAUGAGUUACUGUGAUAAAGUGUCUGAUGCUGGAUUGACUGGCAUGGGAAAAUUGGAAGUAGAGGGAGAAAAUGAUGGACCUAUAAUGUCUAGUUAUGAUAACAGUAGUACACAUCAGAGAAUUUCUCUUGGCUCCAGGGCUGAAGAAGAGAUAGUCCGAGAUGCUAAAAGAAAACUGGAUGUUAUGAGAAUGUGUGAAAAAAUAAAUACAAAUACAUUCACAGGCUACUCUUUGGCACGUUUGAAAAACCUACAAGUAUUGGAUAUCAGUGCAUGUAACAGGAUUACAGACGUUAGCCUUACUUACGCCUUUAACUUUAAAGAACUGUUUAUUUUGAAUCUGAGUAGAUGUCAGCAGAUUACCCAUGAAGGAAUAGUUCAUCUAGUUGAAAACUGUCCCAGUAUGGAACACUUCAAUUUGAUUGAUUGCUAUAAUCUAAGGGAUGAAGCAGUAACAGAAAUUGUUAAGGGAUUACACAGGCUCCAAACUUUAGAACUGAAGGGUUGCAAUCAACUGACGGAUACAUCACUGGAGUCGGUACAGACAUAUUGUAGAAAACUGAAGUUUUUGGACGUGCAGGGCUGUCGCAACGUGUCCCCCGAGCUUGCGUGUCUGAUCGGCAGCACCAUGCCCACCCUUCACACGGUGCUCAUGACCAAACCGGGGCCCUACGUGGUCGACGGUGUCAAACAAAGAUCUCCAGCUGCAGCGUUUUUGCCGGCACUCAUGAGAAAAUUUCGUUUACAUUAAUUUUCUAAAGUAUUUUAUUCAUAAUGGUAAAGUAAA